CUUUUAUGAAUAUUUAAGUCAAGGAAGAGGAAAACAAUGGACAUCUUAGUUGCUUCUUUGAAAAUUCCAUGAGCUUUCAUUGAAUUGACUCGCUGACUUCAUAGUCUCCUCAAACAAAAACCAUAUCUCUAAAACCAUUUACUUCUGCAAAUUUGCAAGCUUUUCAAUCUGUCUACAAGCUUUCUUUGUUUGGAUUUUCACUUUUCAAACUGAUAAUGGCCGAAGCUUUUGUCAAAGCUAUGCUUGACAAUUUGAACUCUUUGAUCCAAAAAGAGUUUGGAUUGCUUUGGGGUUUCGACAAAGAGAUGGAAAAGUUGUCAAGCACCCUCUCAACAAUCUCUGCUGUUCUUGAAGAUGCAGAGGAGAAGCAGUUCAGAGACAGACCAAUAAAGAAUUGGUUGCGGAAACUUAGAGAUGCUUCUUAUGAGCUGGAUGACAUUUUGGAUGAGUGUGCGACGGAGGCUUCUCGAAUGGAGUAUGAAGGACAAAGAUCUGGAUCAACCCAAAAGGUACUUGCUUCUAAUUCCUUGUCAUGUUUCAAUCUAAUGAACACUUUUUGUCGCCAUAAGAUUGCAAAAAAAUUGAACAAGAUCAAAGAUAGAUUGGAUGAAAUAGCAAACGAGCGAGUGAAGUUUCACUUGCAAGAGGUUGUUGUCGAUAGGCGAACACGAAUAAGAGAAAUGCGCCAAACAAGCUCAAUCAUUACUCAACCACAAGUCUAUGGAAGAGAAGAAGAUAAGGAAAGGAUUGUUGAGUUUUUGGUGGAAAGUGCUUGUGGUAGCAAGAAUGUAUCAAUCUAUCCCAUUGUGGGUUUAGGGGGUAUUGGAAAGACAACACUUGCACAGCUUGUGUUCAACGACGAGAGGGUGAUCAAUCAUUUUGAGCUUAAACUAUGGGUUUGUGUUUCUGAAGAAUUUGAUGUGAAAAGGAUGAUAAAAGCAAUUAUUGAAUCUGUAUCUAGAAGUGCUUGUGAUUCACUGGACAUGGACCCCUUGCAGAAAAACCUUCAAGACAAGUUGAGAAACAGGAGGUUUUUGAUUGUCUUAGAUGAUGUGUGGAACGAGAAAGAAGAAGAGUGGGACAGGUUGAAAUAUGUACUAGAUUGUGGAUCUAAUGGUUCUUCAAUUGUUGUUACUACUCGUCUGAAAAAGGUUGCGUCGAUUAUGGGAACAACCUCAAUGCAUUAUUUGUCUGGUUUAUCUGAAGAUCAUUGUUGGUUAUUGUUCAAGCAACGUGCAUUUGGUGAUGAUGAAAGUGAAGAGCAGACUAAUCUUGUAAAAAUAGGGAAGGGGAUAGUGAGGAAGUGCGGAGGAGUACCACUUGCUGCCAAGACCUUAGGAAGCUUAAUGCGUUUCAAAAGAGAGGAAAGUCAAUGGCUUUCUGUCAUGAAAAGUGAGAUUUGGAAUUUACCUCAAGAUGAAAAUUCCAUCUUGCCUGCUUUGAGACUAAGCUACCUUCAUCUCCCAAUUGAACUAAGGCGAUGCUUUGCUUUUUGUGCUUUAUUUCCCAAGGAUUUUGAAAUUCAUAAGCAAACACUAAUCCGUCUUUGGAUGGCUAAUGGCCUCAUCUCUUCUGAAGGUAGAAUAGAGGUGGAAGAAAUUGGCAGUGAGAUAUGUAAUGAACUAUAUUGGAGAUCAUUUUUUAUGAACUAUCGCGAUGAUGAAUCUGGUAAACCUACUGACAGCUUCAUUAUGCAUGAUCUAGUACAUGAUCUUGCUAAAUCUAUUAUGGAGGACGCAUCAAUGGAUGGUGGCAGUCCAGUUAAAUCUUCAUCGAGAAGAGUUCGGCAUAUGUUGUGUACAUAUUUUGCUCGACCUUUCGACAACAUAUCUAAUGCUCAAUCAACCUUACGAACUUUUAUGACAGCACACCAGCUAGGAGUUUCAAAUGAAAAGUGGCCCAAGUUUUCAUAUGACCUGAACGAUUUUCCUUCACUGCGUGCUUUUUCUAUUGAAAAAUGUCAAUUUUCACCGUCCAUAUCAUCUAUACUCAGUUAUCAUAAACAUUUACGGUACUUGAACCUUUCAGGAACUGAUAUUAGAAUCCUUCCAACAGCAAUUUGUUCCUUACCAAAUUUACAAACUUUAGAUUUAGCACAUUGUCAUAAGCUUCAAAAGCUACCCAAGCAUAUAAGUCGCUUGACAAGUUUACGCCAUCUUGACAUCUAUCAUUGUUGUUCAUUAUCUCACACACCACCCAACAUUGGUCGACUAACUUGUCUAAAGACAUUAAGCACUUUCAUUGUGGACGAAAAAAGAGGACAUCACUUGGACGAAUUGCAGGGUCUAAAUCUAGGAGGUGAUCUUCAGAUCCAAGACCUUCAGAAAGUGAGAACUUCAAUGGAUGCCAAAAGAACCAAUUUGAUCAGUAAGAAGGAUCUGGAUUCUUUGUCCCUGUGUUGGGGUGAAAAUGAUCCUCAAUCUCCACAAAAAGCCGAGCACGUACUUGAAGCUCUUGAACCUCCUCCAAAUUUGAGUUAUUUGCUUAUCCAAAGUUAUGAAGGUUUCUGUUUCCCACGUUGGUUCGAUAUUGGAAUACUUGAAAAUAUAGUUAACCUGACACUUGCUAGAUGCAAGAAUAUUUCACUGCUUCCACCAUCUCUCAGAAAACUGCCGUCUCUAAAAUCACUUGAAAUAUCAGGAAUGAUUUCUGUGCGGUAUUUGGACCAUGAAUCCUAUGAUGGAACUUCGAUGAGAAGUUUCAUGUCCUUAAGAUCUCUCACGAUGAAAGCAUUACCAAAUCUAGAAAAGUUGUCGAGGGAAGAAGGAAGAGAGAUGUUCCCAUGUUUGACUUCCUUGAACAUUGAGAAAUGCCCAAAACUGACCUUGCCUAGCCUUCCAUCGAUCAAAAACUUGUACAUAGGGGAGUGCAAUGAGGUGCUACUAAAAUCAAUUCCGAACUUCAGUGCUCUUACUUGGCUCUCUUUCUGACAAUGAUCAGAUGACUUCAUUUCCUGAUGGAAUGCUACAAAAUCUCAACUCUCUCAAAUCGCUUAAAAUUUCACGGUUUACCAAGCUUCAAGAGUUGUGCUUUGACAUACUAAUCAGCCUUGGUUCUCUGGAGAGUUUACUCAUUAUGUCUUGUUAUGAGCUCAGAUGUUUUCAAAUGGGAGUAUUGCGAGGAUCGAUUUCUCUGAAAACUAUACGAAUUAUCAAUUGUAUAAAGUUCAAAUCUUACUACACAAGCUCUAUAGUUUUCACUGAGCUUCAAUCUUUAAGACUUUUUGGCGGCUUAUCAGAGCUGAAAAGUGAUCCAAAUGGAUUUAAAAACCUUCCUUCCCUUCGAAGCUUGUAUUUAUCAGGGUGCAAUUUUGCUUGGAAUUGGAAGGAUUAUCCUUGUUCUAAGUUGGCAGUUUUGCCCGAGACCAUAAAAUAUCUGUCGUCGCUUGGACAUAUGUCCAUAUCUCAUUUCCCAAAUCUAGGAUCGCUGCCUGACUCACUCGGCAACCUUACAUCUCUUCAGCACUUGACCAUUAGAGAUUGCCCAAAGUUGACAUAUUUGCCUGCCAGCAUCCAAAAUCUCUCCAACUUGGAGGGAUUAUGGAUUGUUUCAUGCCCAAAUUUAAUGAAGAAAUGCGAAAAGGAAUGGGGAGAAGAAUGGCAUAAGAUAGCCCACAUUCCAACCGUGGAGGUUCAUGCCACCGACCCAUCUCCACUCUUCGAGAAAAGAGAGAUGUCAAAAAAUUGCUGCUUCAACUAGAGAGGUACAACAUAAAAGUCCAUUUUGUGGCUUAAACUAAUGAAGCUGGAGAAGAGUUGGCCAUCAUUAACCAAAGAUUGAGCAUUGAGAUGGAGAAUACUCACAGGAGAAGGAUAAACUGACUGUUCCUAAUUCGUUUUGUUUUGUUGUUGAGCUCCUUUUUGUUUCAUUGACUAUUGAUUUUCGCUAUUCCUUUUUGACGUUUGAAAUUUUAUAUCCUUCAACGUUUUCUUUGUUUAAAUUAUUAUUGUAAGCUAUAUAAUAUAUAUAUAUAUAUAUUUCUACCA